GAAUUUGACCGUUUGCAAUACAUGUACUGGUUCCGUAUGUUCCGCUCUACGAGGAGGGGGGCGUGUGGUGUUGACAGAUCACGGGGAGAGAGAUUCGGAGAUUAAAGGCCGGUUCCCAAGACCCAUUUCGCCUGUUCUACGUUCGUGGUUGCCAACGCAGGUGUUUUCAGUCAGGUUACGCCCGUUGUUGACUGACAUGAAUGAUUGCAGUAAACUAGCCACCAUGUGGACUUUCAAAGCAGCUGUCUUGAGAUCUUAUUUUGUGUUGAUGACUUCGGCCAUGAUAACAGACAACAGUGUCUUCCUGAACAGCCAGCUACCACAGAUCAGAAUCCCCCCAAAGCCGAUGCUCUACCCAAGAGAAUCGGAGACCCGCGAGAUCAAAGAACUCAACGGACUCUGGAAGUUCCGUGCCGAUAACUCCCCAUCGAGGAAUGAAGGCUUCAGCGCAAAAUGGUAUUUACAGCAUCUGUCAGAGACAGGGCCUGUGAUUGACAUGCCUGUGCCCUCCAGCUUCAACGACGUGACUCAGGACAGAACACUAAGGGACUUUGUCGGAUGGGUGUGGUACGACCGGGAAUUUUUUGCUCCGAUUGGAUGGAGAAACCCUGAUGUUAGGGUAGUGCUCCGAUUUGCCAGCGCUCAUUACAACACCGUUGUGUGGCUGAAUGGAGCUCAGGUUAUGACCCAUGAGGGUGGUCAUCUACCAUUUGAAGUGGAAAUAACCCAAGGCGUGAAAUACAUGGCACCCAAUCUGAUUACGGUUGCAGUCAACAACACGCUGAGCCCAACAACGCUACCCCCAGGAAGCCUGACGUUCAAGAAUGAUCCAAGAAAUUACCCACCAGGUUACUUUGUCCAAAACGUCCAGUUUGAUUUCUUCAACUACGCUGGUAUCCAUCGCUGGGUGCAUCUGUACACCACCCCAAGGGUUCACAUCAGCGACAUCACUGUAACCACUGAUUUUGAGGGCUCCACAGGCAUAAUGAACUACACCGUUUUGAUAGGCGGGUUAACCAGUCAUUCCCCAGCAGCCACUGUUGAACUGAAAGAUCCAAGUGAAGGGGGACGCGUCGUAGCUUCCUCCAAAAGUCUGUCUGGGGUCUUCACCGUCAGCGACGUCAAGCCAUGGUGGCCUUACACCAUGAGCAACAAUUCAGCCUUUCUGUACACAUUGCGGGUAUGUGUACGAAACGGGGCCACCUCUGAUGUCUACCGGUUACCAGUUGGCUUUCGCACAGUGUCUGUCAACAAUAAGAAGCUGUUUAUUAACAACAAGCCGUUUUAUUUCCAUGGCGUCAACAAGCACGAGGAUAGUGAUGUACGAGGGAAGGGGCUGGAUUUACCUCUCACCAUCAAGGACAUUAAUUUGAUGAAGUGGAUGGGGGCCAACUCUCUCCGCACCAGCCACUACCCGUAUGCUGAGGAAUUCCUGGAUCUCUGCGACCAGCACGGCAUCGUGGUCAUUGACGAGAGCCCAGGAGUCGGAAUAAAACUGGAGAGCAACAUGGGACCUGUCUCCUUGGCUCAUCACCUGGAAGUCAUGAUGGAGAUGUACCAGCGUGACAAGAACAGGCCUUCCGUCGUCAUGUGGUCAGUCGCCAAUGAGCCAGACUCCACACUACCUACUGCACCGCAUUACUUUGGGACUGUCAUUAACUUCACCAGGAGCUUAGACCCAACCAGACUGGUCACCUUUGUUCUCGGCGGAACGAGCGUUGAGAGGGAGAAAGUGGCUCAGUGGUGUGACGUCCUGUGUCUGAACACCUACUUCUCCUGGUACAGUGAUUCUGGCCAUCUGGAGCUAGUCGAGAUGCAGUCCAACACCAGCCUGUGGGACUGGCACCUCAAGUUCAACAAGACCAUCAUCCAGUCGGAGUACGGUGCCGACACCAUCCCUGGACUGCACAUGGACCCACCUCAGAUGUUCACUGAGGAUUACCAGUGUGACAUGAUGGCUGGGUACCACGCGACCUUUGACAUACUCCGCCAUAACUUCCUGACUGGGGAGCUGAUAUGGAACUUUGCUGACUUCAUGACAGUACAAUCCGUAACCAGAGUAGUGGGCAACAAGAAGGGUGUUUUCACCAGGCAUCGUCAGCCGAAGGCUGCAGCUCAUCUCCUGAGGAGGCGUUACCUGAGCCUUGCUGAGGAAUCCAAAGUGUAACGAUGGUGAAACAGGAGCAGUGGUGGUUUAAGGAGCCAGAUGGUAAUGGGAGACACGACGUGAGCGUAAACAUGGAAAGGCUGCGUGCAUGUCUCAGAAGGGGAUCCAACCCUGGAAAGUCUUUCACGCGCAGAAGAACUACAAAACACAAACAUAUCUCAAACAAUUGAAAUUGCCGCUUUCAUUGUUUUAGUUUUUUAAUUCACUCACAAGAAGAUUCCUGCGUUUGCACUGCAAAUGAUACAGUCAAAAAAGCAGAGUCACAUUUGACAUUUAUGCACUUUGAGAAAUUAACUCUCUUUUUUGAUCCCAGAGUAAAGAAGGAAAACAUUCGUUUUAUUUUUUAAAAACGGGAUUCACUUUAGUGAACUUGAAGCAUUAUUACUCAACCACAUGGUACCAGAUGUCGUGUAAACACAAACAAUUUUCCUUAUUUGUUACACCGAGGACAUGUGCACUUGUUUAAGAAUCCUUCUAUUUCUGCAGUUGCUGCAUACACAUCCUGCUUGGUUGGGUCAAAGCGCAAUUGCAAAAUUGCAGCUUUUUCGGUAAGAAAAUCUGACUUUAAUGGGCUGUAAACCUUCUUGUAUCUUCAAAAAUCCAAACCAACUUUUUAAACAAGAUACCACAACCACAGUUCUUUACGAAGUUGGACUGAACAAAUACUGACCUAUGGGCUGAUGGUGGUUAUUUGUUCAAGAUUUGUCAUUGUCACCUUUUUUCACUCCGAGACAUUGUUACAGACCAAUAUUUUGCUACAAUGCCCAGCCGUGGAUGCUCAAAUGCUUAAGAGUUCCACGCACACUCAACUUCCAUUAGUAUUAAGCCCUCACUGUGUUCAGAGGACAAUUUCUACCGUUAGGAACGUCUGGACCGAGUUGUCAAGGCAAAAACUUGUCCCCAUAAUUUUGUUUGGUCCCCACAACACAAAUCAAUAUGUAGUACCACCAAUUAUGAAACAAGCAUGGGAGGACUUUAAGCCUCUCUGUGUGUUUAGAAAUGCUGAGAAUCACCCAAGUAUGGUGAUGCUUGGAUAUCAUCCACCACCGCAUACAGAAAUUGCCCGUGUAACUGGCACAGAAAACAAUUCUUACGUGUUUUACAUGUCCUCUGGGGUCAAACAUCAAAUCCCCAUUGAGAAGUCAAGGCUGUAACGGCCACAAGUCCACUGAAAAUGCACGUGCAUUGAAACUAGCUGUUAGAUUUGCAGUAGUUAUGGUUUGAUAAUGAAGCAUCUUAUGCAAUACAUUAAUAUUCAUCACAAAUAAUACAAUCCUGUUAUAAUAAUCAGCGUUGUAUUAAUCCUCAAUACAUUUACUUUUUUUUAACUAACAGUGUCGUGCAUAUUGAAACUGAGAGGCUGGAGCAUAGAAUUUAUGCCGUGGUAUUUUAUUGUGUAAACUUAACAUUUUGUUACAGAUAUUUUUAUAUACCCAGCAAGAAAUGAGACCGAGGGGUACCCCCCA